GAAGAGAUUCGGCAGAUAACAUCCCCUUCUACAUCUGUGAAAAUGCCGUUGGAAUUGUACCUUGAUCUGCACUCUCAGCCAUGCCGCUCUGUGUUCAUUUUUGCAAAGAAAACAAACAUUCCGUUUGAUUUCAAGUUUGUCGAUCUGGCUACAGGUAGGCUACUGCGAAAUUUUUGGGAAUGUGAUUUAUAACGUUUAUAUUGAAGAUAUAGUAUUUAUUUUGACGACUUCUACACAAUAUAAUUUUGGUGUGUAUAAAAUAUGUUAAAAUAUAGUGAAAUUCUACUCGAGGUAAAUCCGAAAAUGGAUUAUUUUGAAGCAAGCACCCAACCAUUUUAGUAAAUAUGGGCAUACUGCAAAUAAAGUUAGGAAGUAGCCUAGCCUAUUAUGACAAUGAAAGUUAAAUUGUAUAUGUAUAUAUGUAGCCUAGAAACUUCUAGGUGAAAACAACCAAUUGCAAACUUUGAACUUGUUACAUAAUGACCUUGUAGGUUUAUUCAGAAGGUAAUAUCUAACUGGACCCAAUAACUAGAGAGAAGUCAUGAAACAUGAAAGACAUACUGUAUAUGGAAAAGUUUUUUCACCAUAGAUAAUCAUCAUGCUAUAUGUGUAAAUUCAUUAUAACAACAAAAUAACUAUAUUCUCUUAAAAGUCAUAUUGGAUAAAUCAGUGUCACAAUUGUGAUGUUUUGCUCUUCAGGCCAGCAGUAUGGGGAAGACUUUGGUAAAAUCAGUGUGGUGAGAAAGGUUCCGGUCAUGAGAGAUGGAGACUUCAUUCUUACAGAGAGGUAAAGUAGCCUACUGUAAUCUACACAGAGAGACUUCCCACUGGGCACACACUGGUUUCAAUGAAAUUACGUUGAACCAACGUGGAAUAGAUGUUGAAUUGACAUCUGUGCCCAGUGGGUUACAUGUCAACUCUACUUAGGUUUCUGGGGAGUUCCUUCAAUUAAUUGUAUAUCUUUCCUUAUUUUUAGUGUUGCCAUUCUGAAGUACAUGGCUGAAAAAUUUGGCACCUCAGAUUCAGACCACUGGUAUCCAGCAGACCUUCAAAAGCGAGCCCGGAUCAAUGAGUACCUGUCCUGGCAACACGCAGCCAUGCGAGCCCAUGGCUCAAAGGUGUUCUGGUUCAGGGUAAGAGAUAAACAUCCAAUAUGUCCUGUAAGUGGAACUGCAAUUAGAAAAAACUGUGCUAUCUAGAACCUAAAAGGGUUCUUGGGCUGUCCCCAUAGGAGAACCCUUUGAAUAAUCAUUUUUGGUUCCAGGUUUGGUUCCGUUCCACAGGGGGGUUCUACCUGGAACCAAAAAGGGUUCUCCUAUGGGGACAGCCCAAGAACCCAUUUGGAAGCCUUUUUUCUAAGUGUGGACCUUGGCUGGUUAUUGAACCGUUUGUACACAAAUAAUUUGUAACGUAAUAACUUAGUUAAUGACUGAUGGAAAUCCUUAGCAUCGAUCAUUUAAGUCUAUGGCAUUGGUGAAUAUACAUUUUAUCACUGGAUUAUUAUCUUAAAGGUAGACUCAGUGACAUGACUCAGAUGCAGAAAGUAAACAGCAUAGUGGGUCAAUUUCCGCAACAACUAAGAGCGUUGAAGCGCUAGGCUCAACCUCUCUGCUGUUUUGGUGCCCUGGCUACCAUGCUGUGAACAGUGUUGCAACUUGCUCAUCUCAAUAUCUCCGGUGCUGCUCGUGGCAACGUAAUUUUGCUCAGUCUACCUUCAAACCAUAUUGAAUAAGUAUGGGUAUAGACACAAGUGAAAUUUAAAAAAUAUUAACAUAUUUUCAGGCAAUAGUUCCCAUCAUAACUGGUUCAGAAGUCCCCAAGGAGAAAAUGGACUCCGCUAUGGAGGACCUGACGCUGUCUCUGAAGGUGUUUGAGGAGAAGUUCUUGGACGACAGACCCUUCAUCAUUGGGGAGAAGAUCUCACUAGCAGAUCUGGUGGCCAUAGUAGAGAUCAUGCAGGUAACUUAAAAUUUGUCAAAAGUGAAAAGGUAGGGAAGAAUGAGUUGUGCAUGAUUUUGAAGCUAUUGUGUGAGGGAUUCUCUGUUGCAAGUGUUCCUCCCAAUGUCUUUGGUUGCAGAUUUGCACUGUACUUUCCCUGAAAUUAUAUGGGUUUUCCUCUGUGUGAAUAUUUUUUAGCCGGUUGGCACUGGUCUGGAUUUGUUUGAGAACAGGCCCACUCUCAGUGCUUGGAGAGACAGGGUAAAAAAGGAGCUUGGCGAGGCUCUGUUUGACGAAGCUCACAAGACCAUCAUGCAUGUGGACAGCCUGCCCCAAACCUUUGAGAACAAUGGAAUGCUGGAAUUUCUCAAGCCAAAGAUACAGAAGAUGUUCAACUAACUCAUGAUGAGAACAUUUUGACCACCAAGUAGUGUGUGACAAUGCUUUUAAUUUUUGUCUUAAUUUUUUUAUAUCUGUGCAUGUUUUAUUAGCAACCUGGACUGAAGUUUAGACGUAACAUAGUAAACCCACAUCCGACACUCCAAUUAAUGUGAUAUGUUAUAUUUCGUAUUGUAUGUAUUAAUUUGUGGAUUUCCAUCAUCCAUUUCGUAUGAUAUAUGACAAAUUACCAUUCAUAUGAUAUGUUACGAAUUGCAAUUUGUACAAUAUGUAAAAAAUUUGCUAAUCAUAUGAUAUGUUACGAAUUCCAAUUUGUUGUGGCUAACAUUAGCUAGGUGGCUAACGCUAACAUUAGCUAGGUGGCUAAUGUUAACUAAGCUAGGAGUUAAGGUUAGGGUUAAGGGAAGGGUUAGCUAACAUGCUAAGUAGUUGCAAAGUAGCUAAAAAGUAGUUAGUUGUUGCAAAGUUUCUAAUUAGCUAAAAUGCUAAAGUUG